AUGUCACAACCAACAAAGAAACAAAAAACUAGAAAACCAUUAAUCAUCAAUGCUUUCCUCAUGGGAUCAUCAGGUCAUCAAAGUGCAGGUAUUUGGUCUCAUCCAAGAGAUAAAUCACCUGAAUUAUAUACUUCAAUAGAAUAUUGGCAAAAUUUAGCAAAAUUAUUAGAAAAGGGUAAAUUCCAUUCAUGUUUCAUUGCAGAUGUCUUAGGUCCUUAUGAUGUUUAUAAUGGUCCAAGAAAUUAUGAUGCUGUUGCUUUAACUGGUGCUCAAUGGCCAAUAAGUGAUCCUUCAUAUUUCAUACCUUUAAUGGCUAGUGUUACUGAAAAUUUAAAUUUUGGUAUGACUUUUAGUACUAUAUCUGAAGAACCAUAUCAUUUAGCUAGAAGAUUAGGUACAUUGGAUUUAAUUACAAAUGGUAGAAUUGGUUGGAAUAUUGUUACUAGUUAUUUAGAAAGUGGUGCUAGAAAUUUACUUGGUGGUAAAGCAUUACCUUCACAUGAAGAAAGAUAUGAAAGAUGUGAUGAAUAUACUAAAGUGAUUUAUAAAUUAUUAUUAUCAUCAUGGAGAGAUGAUGCAGUUAAAUUAGAUAAAUUAAACAGAAUUUUCACAGAUCCUAAGGCAUUACGUGAAAUAAAUCAUAAGGGGAAAUAUUUUGAUGUAACAGGUCCUUCAAUUACUCAACCUUCAAAACAAAGAUUACCAAUUAUUAUUCAAGCUGGUACUUCAUCAAAAGGAAUGGAAUUUGCAGCUGAAAAUGCAGAAGUUGUAUUUUUAUCAGGUUUUUCACCAGAAUUAUUAGCACCACGUAUUGCUAAAAUUCGUCAAUUAUCAAUUGAAAAAUUUAAUAGACCUUCAGAUUCUAUUAAAUUCUUAAGUUUAAUUACAUUAGUUGUUGGUGAGACUGAAGAGGAAGCCGCAGCAAAAUUUGAAGAAUAUAAAUCAUAUACAAAUCCUGAAGGUUCACAAGCUCUGUUCAGUGGCUGGUCAGGAUUUGAUAUUGGUACAAUAGAUCCAAAUGAUGAAUUACAUGAUGUUAAAUCAAAUGCUAUAUCAUCAUUUAUUGAAAAUUGGACUAAAGCUGUACCAGGUAUAAAUAAAUGGACAAGAGAAGUUAUAGCUGAUCAAUUAAGAAUAGGUGGUUCAGGUCCUAAAUUCAUUGGAACUCCCGAGCAAAUUGCAGAUGAAUUAGAAAGAUGGGUUGAUAUUGCUAAAGUUGAUGGGUUCAAUUUUGCUUAUACUGUUUUACCUGAAUCUUAUGAAGAUAUUGUGGAAUUAGUUAUCCCUGAAUUACAAAAAAGAGGUUUGGCUCAAACUGAAUAUCAAGUUCCUGGUGGUUCAUUUAGAGAACAAUUAUAUGGUGAUGGAGUUUUAUAUCCUAGAGAAGAUCAUCCAGGUUUCAAAUAUCAAUGGAGGCAAGAUUUUACAAAAGAAGAAUUUGAAAAACAUUUAAAUAAUAAUGGUAUAUAA